UUUUGUUUCAAAACAUACUUUUCUCUGGCUUUUAAAGUCAUGCUGCCAAACUUUAAAGCAGUUUUCUCUAUCCUGCUGCUCUUGUUAGCUGGCUGAGGGAUUAUGAAAGUGGGAUUUCAACAUAUUUGGAGGUACCAGGUUGAGACAUCCUUGAGCAUUUGAGACGGAUGUGAGAGAAUUUCAGUCCUCACUGGAAAACAAGCCAACUAAACAUAACAGAUUACAUCAGCUCAGGCUUUUCAAUUCCUGGAUGGUAGCAGUGUGCUAAUCCAAACUUCAUCCUGGAUUUCGCAAAGUAAAACAAGGGAGGCUGGCAAGAGCACAGAUUGAGGAAACUGACGACGGCCGGCCUUGUGGGCAAGAGGCUGUAUAAAGCUCCAAAAUUUGUAAGCUGAUCUUCAGAAUUUUGAUAUUGGGUUCUUCGCUCCUGUAUCCCUGAACAGAAGACAUCUGACUGAAUUUUUGCAACCUGUCAUUGCGGACAGUGUAAUUGGGCUUUCAUCACACCAGGAGCCAUGGCUAGUUUUCUGGUGCUCACUCUACUUCUGGUACCCAUGAAUGUCAGAGCUACCUGGAGCGCCAAGUAUGCAGUAGAUUGCCCAGAGUCCUGCGACAGCAGUGAAUGUAAAAAUCCACAGCAUUGUAAGCGGACUGUGUUGGAUGACUGUGGCUGUUGUAGGGUUUGUGCUGCAGCUCUGGGAGAAACUUGCUACCGGACAGUUGCAGGAAUGGAUGGUGUCAAAUGUGGGCCUGGACUGAAGUGCCAAUUCUUUUCUGAGGAAGAUGAUUUUGGAGAUGAGUUUGGUAUCUGCAAAGAGUGUCCUUAUGGUACUUAUGGGUUGGAUUGUCUAAGAACCUGCAGCUGUCCAACUGGCAUAUGUGACAGAGUAACUGGGAAGUGUAUAAAGUUUUCUUUUUUCCAAUUGGCCGCAUCAAAACCCCCCCACCAACGUAAAUUACUGCCACCUGCAGAGAAUGACAUGGGAUCUGGCAAUGGUAAUUCUGUAGAAGAGGAUUUUGUGAAGGAAAAAGACAUCCACUCUCCAAUCAUGAAAUGGCUAAAUCCUCGCUGAUAUUAGCCUAUGUGGGUUAGAUUUCUAACCCAUGCUUUCUUCUAAUAGUGAAUGUUCCACAAACCACUUUAAAACAGUAGAUCUCUUGCAGAGGAAAUGGUAAUUUUUUAAAAAAGAAGAUCCAGUUUAUGUAUCUUUGGGAAAGAUUGAAUUUCAGUAAAAACUGUGUACAGUGUACAUGAUUUUUAGAAUAUCUUCUGAAUACUAAAUGUAUCAUGAAUCCUUGAAUGUAAAAUAUAGUUGGAACUUGCAUAUUGCUGGAGCUUACAUUUUUAUUGAAACACAUGUAUAUAUCUUAUUUUUUAACAUUCUCAAUUCUAUAUGUCCUGCACAAAAUUUUUAUUCAUCAAAGAACUGAAAAUGUAUAGGGGAUAAAAAUUAGUAUAUGUAUUGUCUAGACUGAAAUCCUAAUUCCAGCAGUAGAGUAACAAUAGGUAAUAGCUGUUGAAUAUGGAACCAGCCUUAAUUCUGAAUCCUAUAUAUGUUAUUUGCCAGCAAGUCCAAUAAAUACAGUAGGAUUUUCUUUUCUAUUAAGCAUUGAGAGAAUUUACUUUAUGGCCACAGUCUUAUUCAGAGCUAAACAACUUUUUUACUGUUACCAAUUAGCUUUACCCACAUUCAGUUUUUCUGACUCAGAUACAAAUAGGUCUCCCGUUCAUCUCUGGGUUACUACUUUAGCACUGCUAACCUCAAAGAUUAGUUUUCUUC